CAAACAUCACAGCUGAGUCUGGACAGAAGAAAGUCACUCUGCCAUGUCGAGCCCCAAACAAAAACAUCAGAAGUGUAGAGUGGAGCAGAGCUGACCUGGGAGAUGAAUAUGUUCUUUUGUACAAGGAUAAGCGAUUUGAACCAGACAACCAGCAUCCAUCUUUUAAGAACCGGGUGGAUCUGCAGGACAGACAGACGAAGGAUGGAGAGGUGUCUCUGAUUCUGAAGAAUGUGACAAUUAAUGAUACUGGAACAUACAAGUGUCAGGUCUUCAUGUCCGGAAAAAAUCUCCAGAACAAUGACCCCAUCAGCAUCAUCCACCUUCAUGUUGAUCCUCCAGACCAGACAAACAUCACAGCUGAGGUUGGACAGGAGAACUUCACUCUGACAUGUCGAGCUCCAAAAAACAAAACCAUCAGAGCCGUAAAGUGGAGCAGAGCUGACCUGGGAUCAGAAUAUGUCCUUUUGUAUCGGAAUAAGCAUUUUGUUCCAGAUGACCAGCAUCCAUCAUUUGAGAACCGGGUGGAUCUGCAGGACAAACAGAUGAAGGAUGGAGACGUGUCUUUGAUUCUGAAGGAUGUGACGAUUAAUGACACUGGAACAUACAAGUGUGGUGUCAUCCAGACAGGAACAGGUUUGGAGCUCAUCAACAGCACCAACCUGAUUGUCGUUCCUCCAGGUCAGACAGGAGGAGACACAGAGGAUGGAGGGAAGGAGGAUGGAGACACAGAGGAUGGAUCAGUUGGACUGAUCGUUGGUCUGAUAGUUUUUGCUCUGCUUGUUGUUGUUGCUGCUGCUGGAUUUUUGAUCUACAGAAAACAUGAAAAAACAAAGAGUCAGGAUCCGUACCAGCCUCCUGCUGAACUGCAGCCUGUUUGAAACGUCUCAGUUUUUUUAUUUGCAGCUGAAAUCUGAGUCUCCUGCUGAUCCUGACUUUCGGUAGUGUUAUUGAACAUCCAGAGGACAGAUAUCAGUCAGCUGUCGGUGUAGUUAAGUUAUUAUACUUGUUUGUUUGUUUUUUGUUUGCAACAGUAUUAGCU